UGCCCCUGGCCACUCACUUUCUGAUGUUGCACGACGGGAAAUGCUUUGAAUGCUUGCGACAUGGCCGCGCACAUUGAUUGCCAAGAUUGACAGCAAGCUCUCCGCCGUCUUCUUCUCCUUUUUUCUUCUGUCCUUGUUUUCAGUUCUGCACACCAGCGGGGACAAUUUCCUAGCGGCUCUCAGCAUUUUGUUGACAGUUUUAACUUCGUAUUCCCGCCGCGCUCUGCUUUCCACUUUUAGUUGCUGUUUUGUUUUGUUUUUCGCAGAGACUGAUAUUUUUCCCUUUUGGCACGGUUUGUUUUGUGCCGUAUCGGGAUACGACGUUAGACAACGAGGCUGAGGUUUUGCCCCGCGUGGUUCACAUCGAGAAUUGUCAGCGCGUGGCUUAGCGGAAACACGGUGCCGUCGCGCGCGCUGUGCACACCGUGCCGUUUCCUGUAGCCGGGGAUCUGGAGAGCGAAACGCUUGUCGCAUUUGGUGCCGGUCAUUUUCAUGAAUUCAAAAUCAACUAACAAGUGAUCUCUGGGAGUUGGGGAUAAAGUCACACUGUUUACAACCCAAAUGCUGAACAUGGAGGGCUUUCUGCGUAGCAGCUUUUUACUGAGCAGAAUCAUGUCUUCCAAACAAGCCACCUCUCCGUUUGCCUCGGGUGCAGAUUUGGGUGAGGACGGAGCGGGUCAGGAGCGCCUGGUUUGGGAGAAGGACGAAGGCACGGAGCCGCUGGCAGCACCGCAGCUGCCCAUUCACAACCUGCUGCACGGCAAGAUGCACGGCGAGGAACUGCCUCCCGUCAGCAGCAGCGUGCCGCCCGAAUCUGACUGGGACAGCCUGGUGUCGGCCCAACAGCGCAUGGAGUCAGACAGCAAUAAAGUAUGUUCCCUCUACUCCUUCCGGAAUAACUCUACCUCUCCGCACAAGCCGGAGGAGGGGGCACGGGAGCGAGGCGACCUGCUGGGAGCCUCCGCCUUCGGAACGCCGGAGCGUCGCAAAGGGAGCCUGGCCGACGUGGUGGACACGCUGAAGCAGAAGAAGCUGGAGGAGAUGACAAAGACAGAGCAAGACGAAACUUCAUGCAUGGAAAAACUGCUUUCUAAAGACUGGAAAGAGAAAAUGGAGAGACUGAACACGAGCGAGCUUUUGGGAGAAAUACAAGGUACUCCAGAAAGUCUGGCUGAGAAAGAGAGGCAGCUUUCAACGAUGAUCACGCAGCUGAUCAGCCUGAGAGAGCAGCUCCUGGCUGCCCACGACGAGCAGAAGAAGCUGGCGGCCUCACAGAUGGAGAAGCAGAGGCAGCAAAUGGAGCUGGCUCGACAGCAACAAGAACAAAUCGCCAGGCAGCAGCAGCAACUUCUUCAGCAGCAGCACAAAAUCAAUCUCCUGCAGCAGCAGAUUCAGCAGGUCCAGGGUCACAUGCCUCCUCUCAUGAUCCCCAUUUUUCCACACGACCAGCGCACACUGGCCGCCGCCGCCGCCGCCCAGCAGGGCUUCCUCUUCCCUCCAGGCAUGUCCUACAAGCCAGGUGAUAACUACCCGGUGCAGUUCAUUCCUUCCACAAUGGCAGCUGCCGCCGCGUCAGGACUCAAUCCUCUUCAGCUCCAGCAACUGUACGCAGCCCAGCUGGCCAGUAUGCAGCUCUCUCCAGGAGCAAAGAUGGCACCACUGCCCCAGCCACCUAAUUCUGCAGGGCCACUAUCACCUGGACCCAAGAGUGAGAAGAGGUCCUCCAGCCCACUGGGCCAAGUCAAGGAGGAGGGAACGCAGCCCUUGAACCUCUCGGCCCGGCCUAAGACGGCCGAGCCAGUAAAAUCCCCCUUGUCCCCGACACACAGCCUGUUCUCAGGCAGCAAGAACAGUCCUAAUAGCCAGCCCAAGAGCGGAGGAAUCCCGAGUCCUCUCGGUCUGGGUCGAGGAUCAUCCCUCGAUAUCUUGUCUAACCUGAACUCUACGGCACUAUUUGGAGACCAGGAUGCUGUAAUGAAGGCCAUCCAGGAGGCGAGGAAAAUGAGGGAGCAGAUCCAACGUGAGCAGCUGCAGCAUCACCAACAGGGCAUGGAGGCUAAACUCUCGGCUCUCUCAGGCCUCGGUCUUAACAACUGCAGAGCUGACAAGGAACGGGUUCACUUUGAAAGCUUGGGACAUCAUCUGGGAAAACUAGGAGAUGACGGGAAGAUCGGUCAGAGAGUCAUCGAUCUGACCAGGCCGGAGGAUCUGGAUGGGAGUAAGGAGCUGAAUGGUUCUGCAGAAAAACCACAACAGUAUUAUUGUUGGCCAACAGGAGGCGCCAGCACCACUGAAGCCCGGGUGUUCAGAGAAUCGCGAGGACGGAACCCAAAUGAGCCGCACAUCAAGCGACCCAUGAACGCCUUCAUGGUGUGGGCCAAAGACGAGCGGCGCAAAAUCCUGCAGGCUUUCCCGGACAUGCACAACUCCAACAUCAGCAAAAUCCUGGGUUCUCGCUGGAAGUCCAUGUCCAACCAGGAGAAGCAGCCGUACUACGAGGAACAGGCUCGUCUGAGCAAGAUCCACCUGGAGAAGUACCCCAACUACAAGUACAAGCCUCGGCCCAAGCGCACGUGCAUCAUCGACGGCAAGAAGCUGCGCAUCGGCGAGUACAAGCAGAUGAUGCGCUCGCGGAGGCAGGAAAUGCGCCAGUUCUUCACAGUAGGGCAGCAGCCCCAGACUCAGCUCCCGAUCAGCAGCAGCGCGGGCGUCGUCUACCCCGGAGCCAUCAGCAUGACCUCGGACUGCUCGAGCAACUCGGCCAGUCCCGAGCCCACCGUCCCCGUCAUCCAGAGCACCUUCGGCAUGAAGACGGAGCCCAGCAUGCCCAGCGUGGUGCCAAGCGAACCGGUCAACGGCGAGGACGACAUGGACAUGUAUGAGGACUUCGAGGACGAACCCAAAUCGGACUACAGCAGCGAGAACGAGGUGCAGGAGCCCGUCAGCGCCAACUGAGGCUUUCGCUCACAGCGGAUAGAAGGAGUACUGAAGGAGGACGAGGAGGAAAAAAAACGACAACAAAAGAACUACAGAACAAAAUUUAACAAAAAAAAAAAGAGAGAAAAGAAAAAACUCGUUUCUGAUAAUAUAUCCCUUAGGAGCCUGCAUGCACGUGUGGCUCCCGGCUUCAUCGGCUCUUCGGUCUUAAAUGUUUCUUCGAGUGUGAAGCAGUUUGAUUGUGUUUUUUUUUUUUUUCUUUUUUUUUUUUUUUAAUUCUUAUUUGAUCAU